GAAGAGAAGUUUGGGACUCUGACAAGAAAAACUGUUGGAGAGAAAAACCUGAACAAGGAAAACAGAACCAUCUUACUUGUAGGUGAAACAGGAGCAGGAAAAUCUACUCUGAUCAACACUCUGGUCAACUACACCAUGGGAGUGAAGUUUGAGGACAACAUCUGGUUUGAGAUCGUAGAAGAAGAAGAGAAGAGAAGUCAGUCAGAGAGUCAGACAUCAGAUGUGAUCGUUUACGAGAUCUUUGGUUAUGAAGAUGAAACUCUGCCCUACUCUCUGACCAUCAUCGAUACUCCUGGAUAUGGAAACAACAGAGGGAUCGAACGUGAUGACAAAGUCAGUCAAAGAUUAUCUGACUUGUUCCGCUCAGACGAUGGAGUUCAUGAACUUUCUGCAGUGGGUCUGGUGCUGAAGGCGAGUGAGAAUCGAGUGAGUGACCGACAGUACAUCUUUGAUUCAGUGACGUCUCUGUUUGGGAAAAACUCGGAGAAGAACAUCGUACCUCUCAUCACACACUCUAAUGGACUAACAACUGAAAAUGCUCUGAUAGCUCUUGAAGCGGCAAACAUUAAAUGGGCCAAAGAUGAGAAGAAUCAGUCUGUUCACUUCCUGUUUGAUAACUGCCAGAACACAGAGAGAAAAGAGGAAACAGAACUUGCUUUAGAGAAUGCAUGGAGGCUAACAGAGAGGGGAAUGAAACAAUUCACACAUUACCUGGAAAAAACUAAACCUCAGCAGAAAGUCCAGAAACUGGAAGUGACGAAAACACAAGAGGAUGAAAGAAUCAGAACAGACUCCCAAUACAAGUUUAGUAAAGGAGCAGCAGCAGGUUUGACACUGAGUAACACCUCAUCCAGAUACCAGGACAUCAUCUCCAAAAGUACUCUGAUCUCUUCAGGACCUCCUGCUGUCUACCAGCUGAGACCAAAGGAAGAGAAGUUUGGGACUCUGACAAGAAAAACUGUUGGAGAGAAAAACCUGAACAAGACAAACAGAACCAUCUUACUUGUAGGUGAAACAGGAACAGGAAAAUCUACUCUGAUCAACACUCUGGUCAACUACACCAUGGGAGUGAAGUUUGAGGACAACAUCUGGUUUGAGAUCGUAGAAGAAGAAGAGAAGAGAUGUUCCACACACAGUCAGACAUCAGAUGUGAUCGUGUACGAGAUCUUUGGUUAUGAAGAUGAAACUCUGCCCUACUCUCUGACCAUCAUCGAUACUCCUGGAUUCGGAGACACCAGAGGGAUCAAACAUGAUGACAUCAUUAGUCAAAGAUUAUCUGACUUGUUCCGCUCAGACGAUGGAGUUCAUGAACUUUCUGCAGUGGGUCUGGUGCUGAAGGCGAGUGAGAAUCGAGUGAGUGACCGACUGAGGUACAUCUUUGAUUCAGUGAUGUCUCUGUUUGGGAAAAACAUGGAGGAGAACAUCGUACCUCUCAUCACACACUCAGAUGGAAUAACUCCUGAUGAUGCUCUGAAAGCUCUUGAAGCUGCAAACAUUAAAUGUGCCAAAAAUGAGAAGAAUCAGCCUGUUCACUUCCUGUUUGAUAACCGCCAGAACGAAGAGAGAACAGAAGAAGAUGAACUUCCUUUAGAGAAUGCAUGGAGGAUAACAGAGGCAGGAAUGAAACGAUUCACAGACUUCCUGAAAGAAUCUAAACCUCAGAAGCUGAAUAAAACAGUUGAAGUGAUGAACUCACAGAUCAGACUGACAGCCUGCAUCCAAAACCUGCAAGAAAGAAUCCAGCUGAUUGAACUGAAACAGAGAGAGACCCAACAGACUAAAGAGGCUCUGAAGAAACAUGAAGAAGAGAAGAAGAAGAAUGAAAAGUUCACUGUAGAAGUUGAAGAGGUCUACAGAGGGAAAGAGCCUAUCAAAGGUGGGAGGAGGGGGUUGUUGUUUUAUAAAGGAGCUGUCACCUGUAACAUCUGUAAAGAGAACUGUCACUAUCCUGGAUGUACAAAGGGCUGGAAACCUGAACACUGUGAGGUCAUGAAAGGUGGUUACUGCACAUCAUGUACAGGGAAGUGUCCUGCAUCAGAUCAUGUGAAAGAAAAGUGGAUUUAUGUGACCAAGACCAGGAAAGUUCAGAAGACCAAACAAGAUAUGAAAGAGAAGUAUGAAGAGAAUAAAGCAGAAAGUGAGAAGAAGAAGAGCCUGAUGGAACAUCUUCAAACUGAGAUGAAAGAACUGACAGCAGAGAAGAUAAAGUUGCUGCAUGAGGCCUACCAACAUGUUGUUAAUCUGGAGCAGAUCGCCAUGAAUGUUAAUUCACUGAAAAGCUCUCCACGAGGAAACUCACUCACUGCAGUACCAUGUGUCACCUCUGGGGGUCACAGUCAGGAAAACCUGCUCCAGCCAAUCGGGAGGCGGUUUGCUAUUGAUUCUAAUGCUCGUUCCCAUGGAAACCAGGAGUCGGUCCCCACGGGACGGCGACCGCGUCGGCCGCCCUUCCUCCUGGUGGAGUCUGACGGGAUCGGAGUCACGUCCUCUGAACACAAGAAGAAGAGACGGGAGAGACAGCAGGAGCUACGUGCUCAGGAUGAGCUGUUCUACCAGCUCUCAGUAGAAGCACAUUUGAUGUUUGUAGACUUUGACAGUGAAGUGAUGAUGAAGUGA